AUGUACUUUUCAAUAUUUGUGCACCUGCGCCAGGUGCAUAAACCGCCGCUUGUCUCCGGCAUGGCUGGCUGUCAGAGCAUGAACAUUCAGGGCGAUUUCCGGAUAGAACGCGAUACGUUUGGAGAAUUGAAAGUUCCGGCGAACAAGUACUACGCUGCGGCAAUCGUGAACAAGGAGCAUGGAUUGGAUCCGAAAAUUGCUGAAGCGAUCGUAAAUGCGGCUGACGAGGUGAUAGCCGCCAAACUGGACGACCAUUUUCCGCUGGUCGUCUGGCAGACCGGCUCCGGCACACAGUCAAACAUGAACGUGAACGAA